AUUUUGCUUUUCUAUUUUGUCAUGGAUCCUACGUUAGUAAUGUAACAACAACUCCAGGCUCUCACCACCACUUUAAUUUCCUUUCAAUUUAGCCCUUAAACCUCUAAAAUCCAACACAAAAACUCAAUUCCUUUCUUUCCUUUUCUCUCUCUCUGUCUCUCUGGCUUUGAUAGAUUCCUUGUUUUCUACUGAAAAGUACUUUCAUUAUGCCUUCAAGAAUCUCUGAUGCUUAUCGAGCUCACCCGGUGGACCUUCAUCGCAAUCUCCCGGACUUUACCUCUCUUCAGGAAUUGCCUGACUCCUACAAAUGGAAUCAUCAGUUCGACGACUACCCAUCUACUCCUGUUGUUGAUUCCUCUUUAGUCUCUGAAUCCGUCCCUGUAAUUGAUCUCAAUGAACCUAAUGCUCUUCAACUCAUCGGCCAUGCAUGCAAAAGUUGGGGUGUUUUCCAAGUCAUUAAUCACGGAAUCCCCACUUCCAUUCUUCAACAAACUGAGUCUACUGCUAAAACUCUUUUCUCUUUACCUCUCCAACAAAAACUCAAAGCUUCUCGAUCACCCGACGCCGUUUCUGGCUACGGCUUAGCGAGAAUUUCCCCAUUCUUCUCAAAGCUCAUGUGGUAUGAAGGCUUCACUGUCUUUGGAUCACCUCUCCAUCAUUUUCGCCAACUUUGGCCCCAGGAUUAUACCAAACACUGUGAUGUAAUGGAGGGAUAUGAGAAAGAGAUGAAAAAGCUAGCGGCAAAAUUGAUGUGGUUAAUACUGGGUUCAUUGGGCAUUAGCAAAGAGGACGUUCAAUGGGCUGGGCCCAAGGGUGAUUUUGCAGAUGCUUUUCCUGUUUCCCAAUUGAAUUAUUACCCGGCUUGCCCGGAUCCGGACAAGGCCAUGGGUCUUGCUGCCCAUACUGAUUCCACCAUUCUCACUAUCCUCUAUCAAAACAGCAUCAGUGGAUUGCAGGUAAUGAAAGAGGGUGUCGGGUGGGUCACCGUCCCGCCCAUCUCAGGCGGGCUCGUGAUUAAUGUUGGAGACCUACUUCACAUAUUAUCAAACGGGAUAUAUCGGAGUGUUCUCCACCGGGCUAUGGUGAACCGAACAAAGAAUAGGAUAUCCAUUGCAUGUCUAUAUGGGCCACCCGCCAAUGUCCAAAUCUCACCACUGCGAAAGUUAGUAAGCCCAAGUCAACCCCCUCUCUACAGGGCAAUUACAUGGAGUGAGUACCUUGGCACAAAAGCAAAAUAUUUUAACCAAGCAUUAUCUUCAGUAAGAAUUUGCAGUCCUCUACACGGGUUGGCUAAUGUAAAUGAUCAUAAUGAUAACGUAGAAGUGGGCUAGCUAGAUAGUGAAAUUCUUUGAUUGUCUUUUCAAUAAUUUGAUUGGUUUGCCAUGUCAUGGGGACUCAAAGAAAAAAAAAAUCUUGUUUAGAUCCCAUGAAAAAAGGCGAGUGGAUAUAAUAAAUUAUGAUAAAUCCUGAUGGGAACAUAUAAUGCAGACAAAUGAUUGUAUCUUU